UCAUCACCAACCUGCCUUUUCUAAAUUGAUAGAACGUUUUCUGUCUCCUCUUAUUUCUCGUCUCAUAUAUUACAUCUGUUCUUCCUCUUCUUCUUUUUUGUUAUAGUUUAUCUCUCCGUAUCUGGAGCUUGCUGGUGUCGUUCAUGGCUUCCAUUGCCUGUUGUUUUUCUUGGGUUUUCGUAAUUUGGGUUUUUUUAGUCCUUUUCGAUCAAGUGAACUCGAGGUUGGAUUUGAAUUGCUCGGAUUGGGAUGGUGUUAAAUUUGAACUGGGAGUUUUAGAUGAGAGGGUUGGAGAAGAAGGGGAAACAGGAAUUGGGGGCUCUCAAUCUUCAUCUGAAGAGAUUCUUGCUCUUGCAAAGAGGCCUGAAACAAAGAAGUGGUUGAAAGGAUUGCGGCGAACCAUUCAUGAGAAUCCUGAAUUAGCUUAUGAAGAAGUGGAGACGAGUCGUUUGAUCAGGAAAGAGUUGGAUAAGAUGGGUGUGAAAUACCGAUAUCCACUAGCAAAGACUGGUAUAGUGGCUUCAAUUGGAACUGGGGGUCCUCCUUUUGUUGCCAUUAGAGCUGAUAUGGAUGCUUUGCCAAUUCAGGAAGCUGUUGAGUGGGAGCACAAAAGCAAAGUUGCUGGUAAAAUGCAUGCCUGUGGGCAUGAUGCACAUGUAGCGAUGCUCAUAGGAGCUGCCAGCAUAUUGAAGGAUCGAGAACAUCUUUUAUAUGGAACUGUCAAACUGCUGUUCCAGCCAGCAGAGGAGUCAGGUGCUGGUGCCAAGAGAAUGAUUGAAGAUGGGGCGCUUGAGAAUGUUGAGGCAAUAUUUGCUGUUCAUGUAUCAUCACAACAUUCUACUUCUUUGAUUGGGUCUAGGCCUGGUCCAUUGCUUGCUGGUUGUGGGUUUUUCAAAGCAUUGAUAUCAGGGGGGGGGGGUCAUGCUGGUACCCCGCAUCAUUCAACAGACCCAAUUUUGGCUGCCUCAGCUGCAGUAAUCAGUCUGCAGAACAUUGUGUCUCGUGAAGCGAAUCCUCUUGAUGCUCAGGUAGUCUCAGUGGCCGCCUUCAAUGGAGGAGAAAGGUUAGAUGUAAUUCCCAAGUCAGUAACCAUAGGUGGCACCUUCCGGGCUUUUUCCAAUGAGAGCUUUUACAGCGUUAGGCACAGAAUUGAGGAGGUUAUCACAAGGCAAGUAGUGGUAUACAGAUGUUCUGUGGAAAUUGAUUUCUUUGAGGAGCAUGGGAUGUAUCCACCAACUGUGAAUGACGUGCACAUGUAUGAGCAUGUAAGGAAAGUGGCAAUCGAUAUGUUGGGACCAGCCAGCUACUUGUAUGUACCACCAAUGAUGGGGGCCGAAGAUUUUGCGUUUUACUCGGAGAAAAUCCCAGCUGCCUUCUACUACAUAGGGGUAAAGAAUGAAACCAUAGGCUCUGUACACACUGGCCAUUCACCGUUCUUCAUGAUUGAUGAGGAGGUUCUCCAUGUUGGUGCUGCUGUUCAUGCUGCCAUAGCUGAGAGAUACCUUAGUGAGCAUCCAUGAUAUGUAUUCAGGUCCAAAGCACCAAAUGCUAUGGUAUAUGAAAUGAUUGUUUAUGAGUUUGUUGCAAUCAAUCAAUUAUUUGUUUAUUCGAGAAGGUGAUGUUGCGUAUACGAUUUUAGAAAACAUUGGUGGUUUCUUUUCCCCUUGGUGAAGGGGCAUCCAACCUCUUGGGUGGGUAAGAUCAAAAAGGUGAGUUGGAUGGUGCGUUGAGGUGUUGUAACAUAGUCUGGUUCUCUUGGUGGAUUUUUCUAAUUUCUCCAUUAAAGUUGUAGGAGCUAUAAGAAA